GAAAAUAAAUUUAAAUUUGUAACACUCUUUCGUUCAUUAGUUGUGUUAUUGUUGAACCAGUGGACGGGCCUGUGUUUAACGUGAUGGACGUGAUGCAUGCGUGUCGCUGCUGCUUGCGAAGUCCUCCGGACAAGGACCUAACCACUCCGUACACAUAUCAUGGCAAAACAGAGAUAUAUUACGAAAUGAUUAAGGAAUGCUUUGAUAUACAUAUUACUACUGAACAUGCAGCUGGUACUGGGCGGCUCGGGCUCGUGCGGCAUCUGCUUGACGUGCGUGGGCCACCUGCGAGAUGCGAGCGCCUUCAAGCUGCAAGUGCAGCGCAGCCAGUCGGAGCUGCAGGGGAUACUACUUGAUAAAGCGGAGCUCACGGUGAAGUCUGAGCUAACUGAAGAUGGCACCGGUGAUUCUGUGUUUAAUUUGUUACAUGUGGAGCUCAUAGAAAAGCCAGAGAUGAUUGAAGAACAAAUGGGGGAUAUAUUGAAUGAAGAUCCACUAGUGAACCCCAUGGCGUCAGAUAUGAGUGAAAACAAUUGGACGUUGGCAGUCACGCCGCCAGCGCAGCGCGCGGCACGUGCCAAGGACCAACUCUCGAGAAUCACACUACACCACGAAAAAAAGCGAGUGAAACGUAAAAAAGAAAGUAAACCUCACGAUAAAAAUACCUUCACUAAACAAACGAACUGUAAAGAAAAUAAACUAUAUUAUUGCGAAACGUGUGGUAAACAGUCCAAGGCAAGAUAUCUUUUAAUCCGGCAUAUCAAAACUCAUAUGACCCGAGAGCGCUAUCCGUGUAAAAUAUGCAAUAAAUCCUUGUUGACAUACUCGGACCUGAAGCGACAUCAACUCAUACACAUAGGGGAGAAACGAUACACCUGUGAAGAAUGCAACUUGAAAUUUUCACAAAAAGGCAACUUGGACAGGCAUAGACGCAUUCAUACCGGGGAGAGACCGUUCGUUUGUGAUGAGUGUGACAAGCAAUUUGCCAACAAAAGCAACUUGGACCGACAUAAAAAACUACACAGCGGGGACAAACCAUACAUGUGCGAAAAGUGUACAAAGCGUUUUACACAAAAAGGUAAUCUGCGAAUACAUAAAUGUGUUCAUAAUAACGGGUAGAUUAAAAAAAUAAAAUUAUCUCAGAAUGUGACAGACCAGUACACGCUUUACAGCAGUUUCUGUGUUU